AUGAGUGUCAGUAAAAUUAUCAAGUCUCUUGAAGAGAUAAAUUCGCAAUAUGGAACUAGCUAUGUUUUAAUUACAAAAAAUAUCGAUUUACAUUCGAAAUUCCAAAUAUUUAAUUCUUCUAACUUCGAGCGGGAGAAGAUAAGCCAUUUGCGUUCAAUUAUUGUUGAUGGAAAUGAAAGGUACGAAGAAAACAUCUGUGAGAUUAAACCUGUUUUAAAGGAAUGCUAUUUAUUGGAAAUCUCAAAGAAAUCGACACUACAAUUAUUUGACCAGUACUAUGACUUAAUGAGCUCAUUGAGCCAGGCUGUUUGCAAAACAAUUGCCAAAGAGUGGAUUAAAGUUGCAGAGCCAAAAAAACAGGCUCUUUAUCCUUACAAAUUUUAUAACACUUCCAAACCUCCCUGGUGGCCAGCGAAAGUGAAUCACAUAGAGCCAGAUCAUUUGGACAAAGAUAGUAGGAUUAAUGUGCUUAUAAACAUCUUGCGCAAUCCAUCUUUCGAUAUACAAGCUUUGAAAUUACGUACAAGUGUUUUGGAAUUCAAAUACCCCAUUACGUUAAGAAUUUUGAAUGAAAUAUACUAUUUGGCUAUAUACGAUAGGUUGUUUUUUGGAAAGGGGAGGGAAAACCAAGUCCAGGCCGCAAUUUUAUCCAAGCUAGCUAAUGAGGAAAAGGAUAAGAUCAAUUCAGAUAAAAUAGGUGUUGUUGUCAGUGAUAUUAGGAGUGCAAGUGCGGGAAUCAGGCAUAGGGGCUUAAUAAUGGUAAGACAAAUAAGGGAAAGCUGGCUCAAUAAUGAAAUCUACCUUCUCAAUACUCUUCCAAAUAUAACUGGGAAUACCCAUGAAGAUGUUGGAAUCAAAGAAAUCACUGCAAUGAGAACUCCCGAAGUGGAUGAUAGAAAAAGAAAGUCCAGUCAUAUAAGCGAAGAAGAAAAGUAUGCUACAGAGGAUUUGAAAAGACAUCAGACAAGCGAAAGUAGUUUGGGAAACUCACCUGGAAUUAUUCAUGUAAAACAAGACCCUGAUUAUUUGAAUCAUUUCAAAGAAUUUGAAUACGAAUCAAUGAGUCAAGAAAUAGUCAAUCACCUUGACUCGGCUAUGGAAAACUAUACAAGUUCCCCUUCAUCAGAUGAUUUCUAUAUUUGA